AUGAACACUGCUUUACAAUCUUAUUAUUCUUCCAUUAAAUGUCUUUCUUCCCAUGGAUACCAAGUGUAUGCAUUGGACUCCACACUUCAAAUUAAGGAUGUUCCUUUGAUAUAUUGUACCAAGUUGUAUGACAUGGAUUUUGUUCCAGAAGAUGUUGUUUUAAGCCAUGGUGAUGGUUUUGUUUUAGGAUGGGAUACAAGUUAUGGCAAUCAUAGUGAAACAAAACAAGAAUGUUACAACACUGUCAACAAAUCUAAAGGAGCAAGGAGAAAAAUGGAAAUUCUAGUACCGAUACUAUCUUGUCUUGGAAUUUUACUACUAGUCACAACAUUAUAUCAUGUUCGAUACAGAACUCAAAAAGACAAAGAAAAUGAAGCAAGAAUAGAAAAGUUCUUAGAAGAUUAUAGAGCAUUGAAACCUACAAGGUAUUCCUAUUCAGACAUAAAAAGGAUCACAAACAAUUUCAAGAACGAACUUGGACAAGGAGCAUACGAAAUGGUGUACAAAGGUAAACUAUCAAGCGAUAUAUAUGUUGCGGUCAAGCUUCUCAAAACUUCGACAGGAAAUGGACCUGAGUUCAUCAAUGAAGUAGGAACAAUGAGUCAAAUUCAUCAUGUUAAUGUUGUUCACUUAGUAGGCUUUUGUGCGGACGGACACAAGCGAGCGCUUGUUUACGAGUAUUUACCAAAUGGUUCGUUGCAGAAGUAUAUCUCCAUGACGGAUUUCAGAAACCAUUUUUUGAGUUGGGAGAAGUUACAAGAAAUCGCGCUUGGAAUAGCGAAAGGGAUCGAGUAUCUUCACCAAGGAUGUGACCAAAGGAUACUUCAUUUUGAUAUAAAGCCGCAUAAUAUCUUACUUGACAAUAACUUGACUCCUAAGAUAUCUGAUUUUGGUUUGGCUAAGCUUUGUUCAAAGGAUCAAAGUGCGGUUUCCAUGACCGCGGCUAGGGGGACUAUUGGUUACAUAGCACCAGAAUUUUUUUCUAGAAACUUUGGAAACGUGUCGUAUAAGUCUGAUGUGUAUAGUUUUGGAAUGUUGUUACUUGAGAUGGUCGGGGGAAGACAAAAUGUCGAUGUUGUAGACACGAGAAGUGGUUUAGGGUAUUUUCCGGAAUGGAUUUAUAAUUUGUUAGAGCAAGGGGAUGAUUUGAGUGAACAUAUUGAGGUGGAGAAAUACGCGAAAAUAGCAAAGAAACUUGCGAUUGCGGGACUUUGGUGUAUUCAGUGGCACCCGGUGGAUCGUCCUUCAAUGCAAGUUGUUGUUCAUAUGUUGGAAGGAGAUGGAGGUAAGUUAAGUAUGCCACCAAAUCCAUUUGCUUCUGCUGAUCCUGCUAUAAUGAAUGUUAGUUUAAUUGGAAGACACUUUCAUAGAGAGUGGUACAUGAUUCAUGUAAAUAUGGACUAUUAUGUUAUGUUCUUCAUUUGUUUAAUUGUGUAA